AUGGGUGGGGGUGUUGGCUGGGUCAUACGGGAUUCUUUUGGUUUAUUGCUUUGUGCGGGUGGACAGGGAGACAUUCAUGGUUCCUCCGCUAUUAUGAUGGAACUUCUAGCUAUUCGCCAUGCGCUCAGUGAGUGUGCUAUUUUUCAUCUCACAGACAUUAUUGUGGAGUCGGAUUCUCAAAAGGGUAUCUUAAUGCUUAAUGGUCGGGCUACAGUAGACUCAGACUUGGAGGUGAUUGUCUUUGAUAUCAGGCAGUUGGUGGCUUCUCUCUCUCGGGUUUCCUUCGUGUUUGCUCCUCGGUCCUGUAACCAGGCUGCCCAUUCUGUUGCGGGUUUUGCCUCUAAGCAGGGGGGUAUUCAUGUUUGGGAUCAUCUAGGAACUGAUUGGCUUUUUAAUUUUCUUACCUCUGAUGUAAACCUUCACCUUCGUUAUUAA